AGGAAUGGGGUGCGAGUAAUUGUGAAUGUAAAGUCCCCCCUAUUACAGGAUGUGCGAAGCAUCCCAGCCGCCUCUUUCACGAACCACGUUGCCUAACAUCAAGCCUUCAACAUGAGCGAAGAUUUUGGAGGUGGAGCCUCUGGUGCUUCAAAGCACUACCCGUCUCAAGCUUCUGCUCUACGCAAAGGUGGUCAUGUAUUAAUUAAAGAUCGCCCCUGCAAGAUUGUAGAAAUGUCCACCUCAAAAACUGGAAAGCAUGGACACGCCAAGGUACACUUGGUAGCAAUUGACAUUUUCACCAACAAAAAAUUUGAAGAUAUUUGCCCUUCGACCCACAACAUGAAUGUGCCACAUGUAAAACGUGAGGAUUUCCAAUUUAUGGGCAUAGAUGAAGAUGGAUUUCUGAGUCUGUUGGGUCAAGAUGGAAGCCAAAAGGAUGAUGUACAAGUUAAAGAACAAGAUUUAAUUAAUGAAAUAAAAGACAAAGAAGCAAAGGGCGAAGAAUUUAUGGUAACUGUUUUACAAGCCAUGGAUGAAGAGAAGGCCUGUGGUACAAAGAACAUGGCCAGCAAGUAGUGUAAUACAGUUAGGUUUAUUGUAGUUGAAGCAACAUUAUCCACCCCUAACGUUUGCUAAGCCUACCCACAAAUAAUGGGUAUAAAUACACUUGCCUGGAAAUUAUAUUCAUCAAGUUGGCUAAAAUGUCUUAUGCAAUAAAUUGUUUACUGUUAGUCUUGGAA